AUGCCGCCCAGCCUUCCGAUCACUAUUACCGAUUGGGCCAGACUUCCUCUGGACCGGUUGCUGGCUGCAAACACCGGCGAGUGCCUGCCUGAGGGGGCGGUGCAGGCCGCACACGAGCUGCACAAGCAGGCCGUGGCGACGGUGCCCGCCUACCGCGCCUUCUGCUCCAGCGCGCAUCGGCGCGGGCGUGGCGCCGCCGGCAGCCAGCCGGACUGCACUGCUGCCGACGCAGAGCAGCCCUCAGCGCCGUGCUACAGCUGGCAGGAUGUGCCCUUCACCUCCAAGCAAAGCUACUUCCACCGCUGGCCGCUGCCCCAGCGCUGCACUGGCGGCACCAUCGGCGCCGCAGACUUUGUGCACUGCAGCAGCGGCAGCAGCGGCCAGCCGACGCUGUGGGCCCGCAACGCUUUCGAUGAGCUGGCGGUAUGCGCCAGGUUUGAGCAGCUGUGCUGGGACAACUUAGAGGCGCACCGACAGCCCACCCUAGCGGUGGUUGCCUUUCCGCUGGGCAGCUGGGUGGGCGGCCUGUUCACCACGCUGUGCCUGCGCUUCCUCACGCUCAAGGGCUACCGCCUGACCACCGUGACGCCAGGCAACAAGGUGGGAGACAUCUUGUCGCUGGUCCAGGCGCUGGCGCCGCACCACAGCCAGACCCUGCUGCUGGGCUACCCGCCCUUCCUCAAGGGGGUGGCUGAUGCGGGGAUGGCAGCGGGGGUGCCGUGGGGCGAGUAUCGCAUGCGGCUGUGCCUGGCGGGGGAGGUUUUCAGUGAAGAGUGGCGCACGCUGAUGGCGCAGAGGCUGGGAAUGAAGGACAUUCUGCGGGAUGUGGUGUCACUCUAUGGGACGGCAGAUGCGGGCGUGAUUGGCAAUGAGACGCCGCUCAGUGUGGCCAUCCGGCGGUGGCUGGCGCAGCGGCCCGAGGCGGCGCGGCAGCUGUUUGGCGCAGAGCGGCUGCCCACCCUGCUGCAGUACGAUCCGUACUGCCGCAUGCUGGAGAGGCACCCAGAGGAUGGCACGCUGGUGGUUACGGCGACGGGGACGCCCAACACCGCUGCGCCGCUGCUGCGGUACUGCAUAGGCGAUACGGGCGGCUUGAUCUCUUAUGAAGACAUGCUGGCAUUCGUGAAAGAGCGUGGCUUUGUGCUGCCCGCCGACCUGCAGCCCAGGAGGCUGCCCUUUGCCUUUGUCUUCGGGCGGUCGUUCUGGACGGUGUCCGUUUUUGGCGCCAAUGUGUUUGUCGAGAAUGUCAUGAGCGGGCUGGAGCAGCCAGAGCUGACGGCGCUCACCACAGGCAAGUUUGUUCUGUUUGUGGAGGAGAGCGCUGACCUGGACAAGCAGCUGGCGGUGCGGGUGGAGCUUGCGCCGGGGGUGGCGCCCAGCGAGGAGCUGGCUGGCACCAUCCGGCGCGUGCUCCUGCGAGAGCUGCUGCGCCUCAACAGCGAGUAUGCGGCCUAUGUGCCCGCUGACAGGCAGCCGCCGCGCGUGCACCUGCUCGCCCACGGCGACCCUGCCUGGUUCCCAACCGGCGUGAAGCACCGAUACUGCUUGGGUUGAGCGGCGGCGGCGGCGGCAGUGGCAGCGGGUGGUCGGCACCGAGCGGCGGCAAGCUGAGAGCGCGACCAGCAUGCGGUCUUGGCUGGUGCACCCAGUCUGGGCUGGCCGCAGCACUGCAGCAGUGCCAGGCGUGGCAGUUCAUCCCGCCGCCUGCUGCCCAACCGAGCGGCGGCUGGGGGUGUGCCGCCGGUGUCCUCUGGCCUGCUGGCGCCAUUGCGAUGCGCUCCAGUCGGCGUGGGUUGCGUCAAUUGAGUCCCAGACCUGUAACCUGCCCCUCC